CACUCCUUUGUUGCCUUUCUUCCUUCCAUUCCAGAGUUAAAAACAUUUCCCAAAAGAAAUCGGUGAGUGUUUGGCUUUGAUUUCCCUGAAACUAAACUUCAAUUCUCCCUCUUUUUCCACUUGUGCUGUGUUCCUUGCACCAUUUUAUUUGAUUUGCUUUUCUUCCCAAUUUGUUCCCUUCAUCGUCUCUGUUCAUGUCAUUCUUUCCAUCAUCUUCUGCUACUCUCUGCGCUUCACCUCACUUCCCUUUACACAAAUCUCCUCAUUCUUCCACCAUUCUCAUCUCUCACGAUUUGUUUAAUUUGGUUUUUCUGUUUUUGUUAAACCUUCCUUUCACCCCUUUUCAUCUUUUUACACAAAUCGGCUCAAUCUUCCACUAAUCUCACCCUUUGUUUCGUUAUCUCAGUUUCACUCUUCCGCCCAUCAAAAAAAAAAAAAAAAACCGUCCUUUUCAUUCCCUUCCUCUCAACCAAAUCCAUUUUUGCAUUAUAUAUCCAUCUCUUCAAUUCCAGUAUUCUUCCUACUAUUUGAUUUCUUUGGCCUUGUUGUCCACUGUUUUGUCUCUAAUUUCGUUUUCAAAGAUGCCCGAUCCAAUUUCCGACGCUUUUUGUGCCAAAGUUGUUGAGAAUCUAGUUGAUCGGAUUUUGAAUUUUAUUUUAAAUUCAGUCCCUGCUCGAAUCGCUGUUGUGCGCAAGUGCAACGGGAAUGUUGAGAAUCUGCAGAAUCAAGUUGAGAAGCUGAAGGAUAAAAGAAAGAGUGUGGAGAGCCUUAUAGAAGAGAUUGGCAGAAGAGGAAGAUCGAUUGAUCACAGUGUCCAGACUUGGCUGACCAAAGCAGAAGAAUUCAUCAAAGCAGCAGAGGAAGCUGUACGAGUCGGUGAUGAAUUUGCCAACAAGGAGUGUUUCUUUCGGCUGUGUCCCAAUCCCGUUCCUCGUUACAAGCUCAGUAAGGAAGCAGAGAGGAAUUCCCAGGAUAUUGUUCAACAUCUGGAAGUAGCUACUGGAUUCGGACCCCUCCUAUUUUCCCACGCUCCUCCUCGACAAGAGGACGUGGCGAGUGUUUCCUAUUCUUCUCCUACACAACAAGACGUGGCAGCACUUGUGGAAGGUUUUGAGGAGUUUGACUCUAGAAUGGAUGUUUUGAAGCAGAUCAUGGAGGCGCUAAGAAAUCCAACCGUCAACAAGAUCGGAGUGUAUGGGACUUCUGGCGUGGGGAAGACGAUGCUGGUAAAAAUGGUUAAAGGAAUGCUGGUAAAAAUGCUGGUAAAAGCCAAGCAGUUUACUGUAGUAGUUAUGGCUACAGUGACAAAGGAUCGGGAUUUGAAAAAUAUUCAAGAAGACAUCGCACGCGACUUGGGUAUCGAUCUGCUUUCUUUCAGAGAGCUUACCGAUCGACAAGUUGCAGAUGUAAUAAAGAGAAAGCUGAUGAAAGAGCGGAAAUUUCUUGUUAUUUUGGAUGAUGUAUGGGAUACUGAAAUAGAUUUCGAGAAAUUCGGGAUCCCUUCUGCAAGUGAGAUGAAGGAGGCUAUGGAGAAAAAGAGCGAAGAAAGCUCAUCUAGACAAGAAGAUAUGCUCUGCAAGAUUCUUCUAACCUCUAGAUUUCACAAUGUUCUCUCUGGUAUGAUGGGUGAGAAAGAUCCGGUCUUUGAGGUACAUAAAUUACGAGAUGAGGAAGCAUGGCAUCUAUUCAAGAAGGUUGUUGGUAGCAAUGUUGAAAGCUCUAAUUUUCAACCGACAGCUAAAAAGAUAGUUGAGAAAUGUAUCGGGUUGCCCGUUGCUAUUGUAUCUGUUGGAAAGGCCAUGAAAGGGAAGACUCAACAAUUUGAGUGGGACGAUGCUCUUACAGAAUUAAAAAAGCCUUCUCCAGACGGGAUAUCUGCAGCUGUUUAUAAUCCCAUAGAGUUGAAUUACAAUAACUUGAAAGAAGGAAAGCUCAAGCAAACAUUCAUUCUUUGUAGUUUGUUGAGCCGUAACUCUUCAAUCGACGACUUGUUAAAAUGUGGCAUGGGCUUGGAUUUAUUUCAGGUGAACACAAUAGAAGAGACAAGAGCCAGAGUACUAAGAUUGGUUAGUCAUCUCAAAAGGUCAUCUUUGUUAGUUGAUGGUAACAGCAGUUUGCAGUUUGAUUUGCACGAUCAGAUUCGAGAGGUUGCCUUAUCAAUUGCUUUUAGAGACCACAGUGGGUUAGCUUUAGUAGAUGAUGUUGCAAGGAGAAAGUUGCAAGAUAGGAAGGCGUUAGAAAAAUUGAAGUGGAUUUCUUUGCCAAAUGGUGAUAUUGAGCUUCCAGCCAAUGGGUUGCAAUGUCCACAGCUCACUUUCUUUUAUUUGUCUAACAAGGCUCAGUCUCAAGCAGUUCCAUUAGAGUUUUUUAGAGAAGCAGAUGGACUCGAAGUCUUGUGUUUGACUAAAAUUGACUUUAAGUCAACGCCUUCGUCAAUUCCCUUUAUCCCAAUGAACCUUCAUUCUUUACUUCUGGAUCAAUGUGUGUUUAAUGUCGAAGACCUUGGAGCCAUUGUGGGGAAUUUGGAGAAUUUAGAGGUCCUUAGUCUUGCAGGAUGUUAUGUUGAACAGUUGCCAAGAGAAAUGGAGAAGCUAACCAAGCUAAAGUUCUUAGAUUUGAGUGACUGCACCAAACUGAAAGUAAUUCCACGACAAGUCCUAGCAGGAUUGUCUAAAUUGGAAGAGCUAAAAAUGGGAAACAGCUUUGACCAAUGGGAUGAUGAGGAGGGAAGAAAUGCUGGGCUUGCUGAGUUAACAGAGCUGCAUAUGCUCACUGCUUUAGAGGUACGUAUUCCUAAUUUCCCAGAAACUUUGUUUCCUGAAAAUUUGGUAAGGUUCAAGAUUUUCAUAGGAAUAGCGAGCAGGAGGGAGUCUUGGGAGUAUCGCUAUUGGGACAGUUACUCCUGGAACAGCUAUUUUGAAAGCUCAAAAAUGAUGAAGCUAAAGCUGGAGGGUGCAAGCAUUAAAUCUAAUGACUCAGUUAAGAAGUUGUUGAAGAAGACAGAAGAACUGUAUCUAGAGGGAUUAAAUGGUGUCGAGAGUUUACUUGAGGAGUUAGAUGAUGAAGGUUUUCAACAUCUGAAGUGUCUCCAUGUCCAAAAUGCUCCAGACAUUCGACACAUCUUUAACCCAGCAGGGGGGUUGCUUCCUUCCCAUGUAUUUCCCAUCUUGGAGGUAUUGACUCUUUCCAACCUGGAAAAAAUGGAGAAGAUAUGUCAUGGUCUGACUGGAGCAGCACCUUUUAAAGUAUUAAGAAAGAUAACCGUUUAUGGUUGUCAUCAAUUGAAGAAUCUGUUCUCCUUCUCCAUGGCCAGACAGCUUCAACUUCAAGAAAUAAAGGUAGCAAAUUGCGACAACAUUGAAGAGAUUAUUGAUGACGUGGAGGAGCAAGGCAAUGGAAAUGAGAUCGUUGAAGAAAGUGAAGGAUGUAAGCUUGGUGGCAGUCUGCGGUCCUUAACAUUAAGAAGGCUACCAAAACUGAUUAGGUUCUUCAACAGUGGUAAUUGCAGCGGCAUCUCACUUUUCAACAAUAAGGAUGAAUAGCAAUCCAAUAGUUUUAGCUUUGUACAUUUUUAUAAAAUUUUUAAAGAGUU